AACCGGAAGCACAUGUUAUAGGCGAGGAGAGAAGGCUCAUACAACUGUCUUCAAAUAAAAUGGGUAAACCAAAAAAAAGCAAGCGCCAGAAGACUAUAAAACAGAAGCAGCUACAAUACCAGGAAAAUUGCUAUUCGAAGGCUCCUCAUUCUUUUGUGUUCAAUAGAGGACAUGUUGGUAAAAAUAUUCUUCAACUUAUUAAAGAUAUGCGCCGUGUGAUGGAACCUUUCACAGCCAGAAAUCUCAAGGCAAGAAAGAAGAAUGCUCUGAAAGACUUUGUGAAUGUUGCUGGUUUGUUGAAUGUCACACACUUCCUGAUGCUAAGCAAAACAGAAAUUGCAACCAAUCUGCGUGUGGUGAGGAUCCCUAGAGGUCCAACUAUGACAUUCAAGAUUCACAAGUACUGCCUGUGUAAGGACAUCAUUUCUUCCCUGCGGAAACCAAACCUAGAACAGAAGCAGUUCCAGCACCACCCUCUGUUAGUGAUGAAUAACUUCAGUGGCGAUGAAAUGCACACCAAACUACUCUCUUCAAUGUUUCAAAAUAUGUUUCCCUCUAUAAAUGUUAAUAGGGUUGACUUGAACACCAUAAGGAGAUGUGUGAUACUGAGCUACGAUCCAGAGACAAAACUUAUAGAAUUCAGACACUAUAAUAUAAAAGUUGUACCUGUGGGAAUGACCAAAGGAGUUAAAAAGCUGAUAAAGUCGACCGUGCCAGAUAUGAGCAAGUUUGAGGACAUCAGCGAGUAUAUAAAACAGGGAGGUAACUUGUCUGAAAGUGAGGCAGAGCUGGACGGGCCAGAAAAUGAGGUUGUGUUACCUCAGAGUAUUAGUAGCCGAGGCAACAUCAGGGCUACUAAAAGUGCUAUCAGGAUGACCGAACUCGGUCCUAGACUGACCUUACAGUUGGUGAAGAUAGAGGAUGGCUUGUGUAAUGGCAAUGUCAUGUUCCACGAUUUUGUCAAGAAAACUAACGAGGAACUGAAAAAACAGAAGAAAAUGAGGGACAGUAAAAGAAACUUAAAAGAGUUAAGAAAAAAGAUACAGGAUGAAAAUGUGAGAAAAAAGGAAGCUGUGAAAGAAGAACAUAGGCAAAAGAGUUUGGCUGGGAUGAAGAAAGAUGAAAAUCAAGAUGGAGGAGAAG